ACUGCUGGCAAAUAUAUACUAAUAGAAAAUAAAAAAAAAACAUAAAAAGGAAUAAUUAGAAACAGAAUAAGUCCAGCUGCAGAUGCUGUAAAAUAGGUCCGACGCCAACUUUUCGAAAUCUACGCGCUACCGAUGCACUGACGUUCUCUUCUGCAUGAGGAACAGACUUUCCCCUCUCCAUUGACUUCAUAGUAAUAGUGAUCUCUAAACCCUCUCGCCCCUCCAUCGGCAUCAUACUACUCCUGCUUACUAUCUGUGCUUUUUGGUGUGCGUGUGUAUGCGGAUGCGAAGAGUUAGAGUGUUUUUUAUACGUUUUCAUUGUAUCCCGAGGCCGGCAAGUACUGUGAUUCUUACUACUGGUGCUCGGAUCUUUAAACGUGAGACCACUGCGUGCAGCUGCAGCAGUAUUUUGAAGGUCGGCUGACAAUUGAAAGAUGCCAGCAGUCGGUGUAGCUGCGGCAGCAACAGAGCCUAUAGCCAUUGAGGUUCCGGAUCCACAAGAAGAGAUAAAUGACCCACCGGAACCUAGAGCUCGAGGAUCUAAUGCUAGAGCAGGUCUUAUGAAACCCCUCGUCGUCCUGGCCUUGCCUGGCAUGUACUUGUUCUACAAGUACAGCCAGUAUAGGCGGGAGCAACGGGAGUUGUCGAGACGGCGUGUUACCGAGAGGGAGCUCCAGCAUCUACAUCAUAAAAUUGAUAAACUGUUGACUAAGCUGGAAGAGAAUGAACCAGAAAUUGCCUCUUCUCAAGAAGAUGAGUGUGUGAUAUGUGUGAAUGCACGAGCUACAAUGCAAACUGCGCCUUGCGGCCACCGAGUUGUUUGCAGGCGCUGUUUCGUUAAAACAAUACAAAUGGCUGUUUCUCAGAGACUUCUACCAUUAAGAUGCGUAAUAUGUAGAGCAAAAAUUUUACGAUUGAAACAAACUCUUAUUCGACGAGAUUAUUCAAUAUCAGGCAAAUCGUGGAUACUACCACAGAGUGCCUCGGAGUACAACAUGGGUGCUGGAGUGCCAGUCGGUGUUUCAGGGCCAGGCGGGAGAUGGACAUCUGGUAAUGUACCAGCCUCUGCAUCCCUUUAUUCCAUGGACAGCGGAUCUUCAUCUAUAUCUAGAGUUUCUUCCGUUUCAUCGGCCAGCAGUACAAGAAGUUCUGGAAGUUCGAGUCUCGGCAAACCUUCAAGAGUAAGACAACCUGUCGGUGCGACAUUUAGAAAAACACAAACACACUCAAUGAAAAUGCGCAUUCAGGAAUAUCAGGAUCCAAUACAAGUGGCUGUUGAAGAAGAAGAAGUACUGCGAGAAAAUCGAGAACGAAGACUACCCCCAAUCAAGGAGUUCCAAAGAGAUUACAGAGUCGGAAAAGCGUCCACGCGAUUACGAUGCGCUCAAAAAAUCGUAACGCAAUUGGAGACGUCACCGGCAUCUUAUACCUCACAAUCCUGUGCAAGUACCUCAAGAUCUACCCCGACGAAUGACACUGUGACCCCAUCAAUUUCUACAUCCUCUAGCAAAACGUCGGCUGCAAUGGGCUCAAAUAAUAGAAUCAUGAAACACUUAUCCUCAUCAUCAGGUACAACACCGAAGCAGUUGUCUGUCGCUCAGGAGGUGCAAAAGUCCAAAAAAGAAAAAGAGCGUGAAAAAGAACGCGAAAAAGCGGAGAAAGCGCGACUGAAGGAAGAGGAAAAGGCAGAAAAGGCUCGUCAGAAGGAAGCAAAAAAAUUUGCCAAGGAAGAGAAGAAACGAGCGAAAAAGGAAGCAAAAACUCGAAAAAAGGAAGCCGAGGAGGCACUUAUUAGAGAUGCUAAGUAAAUGAAUGU